AUGAGUAUGAGUUUUAGGCGUCAGCCUCUGGAUAGGGUUAAUCCUAGGUUUGUUCCUCCAAGUCGGCAUACAAUUUUUAUUCGCGGCCUUCCUGGUUCUACAAAUGUAGACUCAGUCAAAAAUCACUUUUCCUCCGAAACUAAUUCAAAAUGCACGGUGGAGUUUUUCUCAACUUCGGAGGACAAAGUUAGGUUUUCUGUGGCAAUAAGGUUUAAAAGCCAUGAAACCGCACGGGAAAUGCUGGAAAAAUAUAAUGGGAAGGAGCUACUUGGUCAUCCAGUCGAAGUGACUUGGUUUAAGGAUCUAAAGAAGGCCAGAGCUCGGGUGUAUGAGGAACAAAGACACAGUCGUUUUCGAGCUGUAAGGGGGGGAUUCAGGGGAAACCAUAGAGGAUUCCCCGAUCGUAGAGGUCGCCCCUAUUCACCUAAUCGUACUAGGGAACGUUCCUAUUCUGGUGGUCCUCCAUCGGGAAGGCGCUUUAGUAGUCGUCCAUCAGUUUCUUCUCACUCAUCGUCGCGGUCACGCGUUGGCUCCGCCACUCUGUCUCCUAAGCGGAGACGAUUAGCACACGACCUGGAAAAUGAUUCUAUACAAGGCAAUGAAAGCCUGUCCAGGAUGUCGCGAAGGCGAUUCAGAAAAUCACGAAGCGCUUCCUCUCAUUCACGUUCCUCGUCGCACUCAAUUUCGAAUCGCUCCUUGUCUAACCGAGGCACUAUGCCUCCUCGGCGCGGCUCGUUUUCAUAUCGUGGGUCGGCCAUGCGACAAUCUGGCCAGGGUGGAAAGUCACCGGAUAACACUCGUCCUAGCUUUUCCAAUGCUCCGUUGGUCGGCGGUGGAGAACGUGAAGGUAGUGGUUUACUCAGUGGUUUGAUUCAGCUGUCUUCCAAGCGCUUGCAAUCACAGCCUCCUCAAUUUCGUGAGUCUGCCUCUCGUAGUCGUUCGGCAUCCUCUCGUUCGUCCUCGAAGUCAGCGUCACCUAGAAGGCAGCACCAACGGCAGAAGCAUCAUUCUCCAAUCUUAACGGGUCUCCUUCCUAAUAAUUCCAAGAGUCCUUCUCUAGCUAAAGAAUCAAAACCUUCGGCCGUUCUUACUGGUUCCAAUUGGAGGCCGGUGAACUUUUCCGAGGAGGCUGUUCGAGAUUCAGCACCAUCAGGCUCCCUUUUCGCUGCUUAUAGCGGGAAGCCCACUGUUGCUAACGGUAAAAUCAUUUUCUCUCCUCUUAUCACGCACAAAGCCGGGAACAAAGUGGCUGGCAUGGACAAUGAUAACAGCAGUAGGAGUCGCCGUAGCAGUCGUAGUAGUAGCAAUCGCAGCCGUAGGCAGGCUGAAGCCAGUCCUCCAAUUAUCGAAAAACCAGUGAUCAGAGCACAAAAUAAAGCUCGGGAGGAGUCUGCCGCUCUUGAGAUGACUCAGAUGACUCCAAAUAGCAAAGGUCCUAAAGACAAACAGACUCUUAUUCAGGAAAAGAAGGCAGCUAUUGAAGAAGAGUAUAAGAAGGAUUGUGAAACGUUUGCUACUGUUGUGAAAACUCUCAUCAGCAAGGACAAUGAGCUGGAGGAGCGGUUGUUACCGUUGUUGAAGAAGGUUCUACACGAGCGCGGUCAGCGGAGCAUUGAGGAUUUACGGGUCUACAUUGAAAGCGUGGAGAAUGGAAAUGCGGGAGCGGAUAAAUGA